AUGGAGGACAACAUGGCAGAUUCGAGCAAACCUCAAAUGUUUUUAUUCGGCUGCACCUUAACAUCGGGCAAACGGGAACAUAAAGUGGAAGUAGAUGAUGACGAUGACACGGAGCAGCAGCUGUCCAUCAAAGCCGUUUGUCUCGGAGCAGAUGCUGAGGACAAGUUUCACAUGGUGGAAGUGGAAGGACUCACGUUUGAUGGAAAAACCACCAAAGUCCCCCUGGCCGCGCUGAGGCCCACGGUUUUACCUUGUGUGAGUCUGGGCGGGUUCGAGAUCACGCCCCCCGUCACCUUCAGGCUGCAGUCCGGCUCUGGUCCCGUCCACAUCAGCGGGCAGCACUUUGUCGGUGUGAAGGAGUCCGACGAUGAAGAUGAUGAGGAGAACAACUCGUCUCCCGUCAAAAGACCGGCCGGACUCUCGGGGAAGAAACCUCCACCGAAGAAGUUGAAAAUGGAUUCAGACGAAGACGACAGUGACGAUGACGAGGACGAUGAUGACGCAGAUGACGACAGCGAUGACAAUGAUGUGCAGCUAGCAAAGCCCUCCAAAUCUGACUUUAAAAAGGGUCCGCAGAUCUCGGGGAAAAAGCCAAACAAGACUCCAGAAAAAACAGGAAAAACUGGGUCUCCGCCAAAAUCCAAGGGGAAAGACAAAGCCCAGGCCGGCUCCUCCAAAGCUUUUUCCGUGGACGAGAUCAAGAACAAGUUGUCCGCGAACAUCAAGGAGGGAAAACCGCUACCAAAGACGGAGCAGAAGUUGGAAAAUUACAUCAAGAAUACCUAUAGAGUGGCCGACAAAAGUGUGAUCAAGGAACUCUGGAGACACGUGCAGGCAGUGAAGACGGGCAAAUAA